AUGAACGUGUUUUCUAUCCAUGAAAAUUUUUCUGAUUCAUCUAUAAAAUUACCGUUUCCACCAAUCAUUGAUGAUAUAGAUGAUUUAUUUAAAAUUAAAAAGAAUAGUCAAAUACCAAAAAAACCACCUAAUGCUUUUUUGAUUUAUCGUAAUAUUUAUGUUAAAGAAUAUCAAUCAAAAAUCGGAGAAGUUUCACAAAUGACUUUUCUCUCUAGUGAAAUUGCUAAUUCUUGGUACUGCGAAGAAAAUCACGUAAGAGAAGAAUAUAAAAAACUUGCGGAUAUAGUUGCAAAACGAUUCAAUGAAUUAUAUCCUAAAAAUAAUCAAGUUAUUGUUAAGAAUAAUAAUAAAAAUAAAAAAAAUCGUAAUAAAAAAUAUAUUAAUUAUGAUGAUGAUUUCUUUAAUCAGAAAUCUAAUGAAAUUGAUAUUUUUAAUGAAUAUAACCAAUACAAAAAUAUAUAUAAUUUAGAAAUUAACAAUAAUUAUGAUUUACAUUUUCAAGAUUAUUCUUCACAACAUCUUCAACAAAAUAUGAUUAAUACAGAUUAUCAAAAAAUGUAUAACAUACAAUAUUGUGAACUCUAUUCAGAUCCAAUUUUUCAAAAUAUGUUUUAA